GGAAACUCGGGAAGAAGCCAGAGAAGCUGUCCUUUGCUAGAGGAUCGUACCAUGCAGUCGUACCGCUGUGAUCCGAGUCGAUCGAGUCGAGUGGAUCCCUUGCGUCUUUUGGAUCUUGGUUUUGAGAAUUCAGCUUCGGCAAAGCGAUCAACAACGCCACGACCAUGACGCAUCUGCUCCAUUUCUAGCUAGCUAGACAGGCCGUUGAUUUGAUACCGCAGCACCAUCAAGACGACAAUCUACACUCCUGCCUUGUUGGCUGUUUCAUUGUCAGCAACGAGCAUGCUCCUUUUGGCAUCUCGCGCGACGGCCCUCUUUCGACCAGCUCGCGUUGUUUCCGUCGGAGCAUCAUCUGCCUUUUUGUUUGUGACAGACAACAACAACCGCACCAUGUCGUCUUUUCCAGCGUGGCAAGUGGACAAGGUGGAAGAUGGAAGCUUUCAAGGCACCGAACAAACUCUGUCCAUCGACUCGCUGCCUCAUGCUGAGAAUGGCGUCUUGAUUCGCGUCACGCACUCGUCGUUGAAUUACAAAGAUGCACUCAGUGCCAGUGGCAACAAGGGCGGCGUGACCCGCAAAUUUCCUCAUACUCCGGGCAUUGAUGCCGUCGGGACUUUGGUGGAAAGUGGAGAGCCAUGUUUGGUGACAGGCUACGAUUUGGGCAUGAACACCGCUGGUGGAUUUGGAGAAUUGAUUCGAGUGCCCAGUGAAUGGAUUGUCUCGCCCGUGCCAUUUGCGCAGCCUCGGACGGCCAUGGUGUAUGGAACGGCUGGAUUGACGGCCGGUCUCUGUGUCCAAAAGCUAGUGGAAAAUGGCAAGGCGACACCGCAGGACGGUCCGGUGGUGGUGACGGGUGCUACGGGGGCGGUAGGAACCGUGGCGGUGGAAUUGUUGGCCAAGCUGGGAUUUGACGUGGUUGCCAUUUCCGGAAAACCCGACAAGAAAGACCUAUUGCUCCAAUUGGGAGCCAAAGAAGUCUGCGGCAGAGAUGCCUUGGAUGCCACGAAAAAGCCCCUGUUGAAACCAAUCUACGCACAUGGUAUUGAUACCGUCGGUGGAAGUCCAUUGGCGGAGUUGUUGAAACAGAUUCAACCCGGUGGAUCCGUCGCCUGUUGUGGAUUGGUAGCGGGCGCACAAUUGGAGACCACGGUAUUGCCGUUUAUUCUACGAGGCGUCCAGUUGCUGGGAGUGGAUUCGGUAGAGAUUCCACUCGACGCCAAAAAAGCUGUCUGGGACAAACUCGCCACGGAUUGGUCGUGUCCGCAGACCGAGGCAUCGGCCGUCGACAUUGGACGGCAUCAACUGGAUCCGUAUCUCAAGGCGUUCUUGAAGGGGGCGUCCUCUGGAAAAGUUGUCUUGGAUCACAGUUUGACGACGACGAGCAGUAGCAACUUGUGAAGUACGGACCUACGCAGGUUUCGAGCUGAACGGAUCAUUCAUUCAUUCAUAUAUUCUAAUAAUCAAUUACAAUCAUAUACGUACUACGUCGCGAUAGUACAUUGUAACCCAACCCCUCCCCUUGGUCCUACCGGUUUCUCUCUCAGGUUGGAGCUCCAUUUGUCGACAGGACCCAACGCGUCUUUUCCUCAUCGUGCCAACAAGGAUUUGUCCAUGCCAUGCCAUCCACAGUGGGAGCGUCGGUCGCCACUGCGGUCAUUUGGUUGGUCGACGCUGCCUCUCUCUCGGUUUCAAAUUGACUGGUCGCGGCAUCCCUCGAUACUGC